AUGCCAGCUCCCGACAACAUCUACGAGGAUGACGUAGACUUCACGACCUUGGCACUCCAGUAUCCCGACUUUGCGAAGAGAGGGCAUGAAGGGAAGACGAUGGAAGCAAAAGGAUCGAUGUUUAGCCAACCACACCCUAGCACACGCGGCAUCAUCGACCACGACAAACAUAAACUAACUGCCUCCCGCGUGCGGACGGACGACAGGCUCAAACCGAAUCGCCAACUCGACUUUUCCGACCCGGAAAGCGUCAGACAGCUGACCAAAUGUCUCCUCCACCGGGACUUCAACCUCACCAUCGACGUGCCGGACGAUAGACUGUGUCCGCCGGUGCCCAACCGGUUCAACUACAUCCUGUUCAUCCAACGUCUCCUGGACGACACGUCGCCCGAUUUUCACCAGGGAUAUGAUCGGGAAAGACAAGUCCUCGGCCUCGACAUUGGAACAGGCUCCUCCGCGAUCUACCCGCUCUUGGCCUGCGCUCAACGGCCGCGCUGGCGCUUCCUGUGCACGGAAAUCGACGACAAAAACCGGCAAUACGCCCAGCGCAACAUCUCGGCGAACAAUCUCGGCUCCCGAAUCCGCAUGAUCGACACGGACAGAACAGGCGGGAAGCUCAUCCCAGCGGCUCAACUCGAGCAUUUCGACCGAGUCGACGUCCUGGUGACGAACCCGCCCUUCUACUCGUCAGAGGCGGAACUUCUCGGGUCGGCAGGCCAGAAAUCCCGGCCACCGAAUUCGAGUUGCACGGGCGCCGCGGUCGAGAUGAUCACGCCGGGAGGGGAAGUGUCGUUCGUGGGAAAACUCAUCCGCGAGUCGGCCCACGCGGAGAUGAGACGCAAAGUCCAGUGGUUCUCCGCCAUGCUCGGCAAGUUGAGCAGCGUGGGCACCAUCGUCACGCAGUUGAGGAACCAGGGAUGUACGAAUUUUGCCGUCACCGAGUUCGUCCAGGGCCAGAAGACGCGACGGUGGUGUGUGGCCUGGAGUUGGAUGGGCUUCAGGCCGGGAGGUCAUGUCGCGAGAGGUGUGCGCGGCGGGAGUGGAGUCGAGAAGAAGUGGUUGCCGCCGCUGACCGAGAUGGAAUUUGACUGUGAAGUCGAAGACGAAGCCGAGGACAGAGAUGAAAAUGGAGAUGAAAAUGGAGAUGGAAAUGGAGACAGACUAGGGACCGCCAGAGCCGUGGCCGAAAAAGUGACUCGCGAGAUUAGAAAGCUCGAUGGCGUGGCGUGGAAGUUCGACGCCGCAACAGGGGUAGGCAUGUUCAUGGCCCGGGAAGGCGACGUGUGGAGUCGAAAAGCGAGGAGGAAGGCGAUUCAGGUGCAGGACGCUGAUGCGAGUGGACGACGUCGAGGUUGCGAGGUCGACAAGAACCGAGACGCUCAGAGGAAUAGAGGUCGUGCACCGGACGGACUUGAAGACACGGUAAUGGAGGAUAGAGAGGAGUCUGAGGACGACGACGACGAAUCCGAACAAGAAACCGAGCCCGAGCCUGAGCCGGCUCUCGUGGCGAGAAUCUCGAUCAGGACGUCUCCUCUUCCUCUUCCUCCUGCUGACACACGCACACGGUCCAAGCGAACGAUCCAUAUCCGCCAUUUGCAAGGCCAUGACGCGGUGCUCUUUGAGAGUUUCUGCGGGUGGUUGAAGAGAAAGGUCGUCCCGCCGUCGAGGUGA